CUCGUGUUGUGCGAUGACAGUUGGAACAGCUGGUUCAAAAUUUCACAACUCGCUGCUCCACCUGAAUUGUUUAUCUGUCCUUGAAGAUACACUUGUUUUUAACUUCAAAAAGUUUUCCAGAAAUGGCUGAGCGUCGGGGUAGCAUUAUGAAAGGGAUUCGCAAAGAUAGCCAUACUGACAGACUCCGAGGCUCAACCAUGGACGUUGAUAUGCAUGACGACGACUCCCACCCUGUGAAACGAGGGUCUUCCGUUUGGAAAUCAGGGUUCAAAGGGAAACUAGCCAACACCUACAGGUUGGGACCAAAGCAGAAGUUUCUUCCCCAUUUCAUUCAGAAGAAAGGCCAGGAGUUGAUGAACCAAGCAUUCGGUGAGCUUGCCUACGACCACAACAACUGUCGAGAUGUGGCUGAUAAAGUGGCUGCAGAUAUCCUGGCAUUCUGCAAAGAGCAAGUGUUCGACCGCUACAGAUACGUGGUCAGGGUGGUCGUCGGCGAUAAGAAAGGCCAGACAGUGAAGAUUGCAAGCCGUACCCUGUGGGAUGAUGAAAAGGACAACUUUCUGACUCUCAACUUUGAGAACAGACACAUUUUCGCUGUUGGCAUGGUUUUUGCCAUUUAUUUCGAGUGACAAGGCAGAUGGC